AGACCCCGCCGUGAUGCCGUGAGAGAGUCGCUCAUCAUCAUGGGCAAUCAGGACGGAAAGCCGAAGCGCUCCGACGAUGCAGCUCACGAGAACACGGCUCACAACGGCACAAAGAAAGGGAAGAAACCGCGAGUGGAGGGAGGGAAGAAGAAAAACAGAUCCGACAGAUCCUCAGUGUUCCCUCACAUUCGCAAACGCAAGAACCAGAGCAAGACUAAAAGCUUCCUGAGCGGAUCCAAAGAGGAGGAUGCAUCGCUGGAUGAGCUGGACAGCGCUCUGUCGCUGUGUAAUAAGACGCCUGAUCUCUCCGGGGAUGAGCUGGGACAUUCGGACACCGAGCCCGAGCAUCCUCGCCCCCAGGAGGAGGAGGAGAAGAAGAAGAAGAAGGUGACGAGCUCCGGAUCCGACACGGACAUGUACAGCCUCCACUCGGCCGCAGAGCAGGAGGAUUUACUUGCUGACAUCCAGCAGGCCAUCCGUCUGAAGCAGGGCGUGAUGCUCGGCUCCGUCCACAUCCCCUGGCUCUGUAAACAAACCGGAGACACCCCCGACUCAGAGCCGCUCACCGAGCUACAAGCCAUUCCCAAAGAGGAAACUAACGGGAUUGUGAACGGGCUCUCAGAGGAGGCUCCGGGUGCUGAAGACCCCGAGGGCCCUCUGUCUCCAGCUGUGGCUCCUACAGACACACACCUGGAAGAAGAAGAGCCAUCUCCUCCGCCUGACCUCAGGUCCACAGGCUCGCUGGAGGGUGUCACCGUCAUCGAGGAGCUCGUCCAGAGGCGCAAGAGCAGCGUUUCCUUCGCUCAGGAGAGUCCUCUGACCACACGACUGCUGAUGUCUGUGGUCAAGCUCUAUCCGUCCAUCAGCACGUCCUACAUCAAGACCACCACACGCCAGCUGAGCUCGCCCUCCUGCUCGCCCGCCCCCUCGCCGUCCAACAGCCCACUGUCCACCCGCCGCGGACCGGAGCGGGCAGAGAGGAGACGUGUCCAGCGCCAGCGCUCCAUCAGCACCACCAGCUCCAUCAGCCGCUCCGCAGACUGGACCGAGGAGCUCCGGACCAAUCACAGCUCAGAGGACCCGCUCCGGACCAAUCACAGCUCCACAUGCAGCUUCCAGCCGGUGUUCACAGGCAGGACGCUGUUUGAGCGCUUCUCCCAGCAGCAGGACUCUGGAGAGCCGGAGGAGGUGGAGAAGCUGUGCUCCAGGAUCCUGGCCUUGAGCCUCCUGCUGCCCUUCAGUGACUGCUUCAGAGACCCCCACAGCAGCGGACCGAUUGCACCCGAGUUUGACACCGGUCAGCUGUACACAUGGGCAACGGUCAGUCAGCCUCCUCCGUCUCUGGAGGGACACCUGAAGAACCUGUGGCCCCUGAACAGACCCGGAGCCCAGGACCGGCCCCAGCCCAAACACACCGAGGACGCGGUCGAGGAGCAGGAGGAGCAUCAGGCCGUCAUUUCAGACCUUAAAAAACAUCAGGAAGAAGAAAUCCGGCAAAUUGAGGAGGAGUCGGUGAUAAAGACUGUGCAUCUGAAGCAGGAGCACGUCUGCGUGAUCGAGCAGCUGGAGCAGACCAUUGAAGACCUUCGCUGUAAGAUCGCUGAGCUGGAGAAACAGCAGCCUCUGCUGGAGUGGGAGGUGCAGACACAAGACCAGGAGUGUGGAGGAGAGGAGCGCCUCCUCCCAGACGUCUGCCAUGUGGACCAACAGACAGAAAACACUGCGCUGCUGCCGCUGGAGGCCAAAUCAGUGCAGACGUCUCCUAUGGACGAGAGCUUAAGGUUUAAACUUCCUCCUGUGGAGGCGCAGGCACCGGGGAGGAGUGACUCCUCACUGCCAUCAGGAACUGAGAACGCUUCUCAAGUGUUUGUGUGCAUGUGCCAGCAUCUGCCAGGAAUGGGUGCGCCUCCUCCUCCACCUCCUUUACCAGGAAUGGGUGCGCCGCCUCCUCCACCUCCUUUACCAGGAAUGGGUGCGCCUCCUCCUCCACCUCCUUUACCAGGAAUGUUUGCACCUCCUCCUGUGCCUCCUUUACCAGGAAUGGGUGCGCUUCCUCCUCCACCUCCUUUACCAGGAAUGGGUGCGCCUCCUCCUCCACCUCCUUUACCAGGAAUGGGUGCGCUUCCUCCUCCACCUCCUUUACCAGGAAUGGGUGCGCCUCCUCCUCCACCUCCUUUACCAGGAAUGGAUGCGCCGCCUCCUCCACCUCCUUUACCAGGAAUGGGUGCGCCUCCUCCUCCACCUCCUUUACCAGGAAUGGGUGCGCCUCCUCCUCUACCUCCUUUACCAGGAAUGGGUGCGCCUCUUCCUCCGCCUCCUUUACCAGGAAUGGAUGCACCUCCUCCUGCGCCUCCUUUACCAGGAAUGGGUGCACCUCCUCCUGCGCCUCCUUUACCAGGAAUGGGUGCACCUCCUCCUGCGCCUCCUUUACCAGGAAUGGGUGCACCUCCUCCUGCGCCUCCUUUACCAGGAAUUGUUGCGCCUCCACCUCCACCUUUUCUGCCAGGUGUAUCUGUGCUGCUUCCUCUCUCAACUGCAGGAUCAGUGCCUCCUCCUCCAGGUCCUCCGCCUUUGGCUCCUGGUCCUCCUCUGGCCUUCGGUCUGGGUUCUCUGCCUCCUCCGCUCCCGCUGGGUCUGUACGCGUUAGGAGCACUGCAGGAGAAACUGCCUCACAAAAGCUUGGUGGAGCCGCCGAGACCCAUGAAACCGCUGUACUGGACCCGGAUACAGCUGCACACCAAAAAGGACUCUCAUGCUCUCGUGUGGGAGAAGAUCGAAGAGCCACCCGUGGAUUUUGACGAGUUUGUUGAACUCUUCUCCAAAACUGCAGUGAAAGAGAAGAAGAAGCCCCUUUCGGACACGAUCAGCCGGUCAAAGACCAAGCAGGUGGUGAAGCUGCUGAACACCAAGCGUUCUCAGGCCGUGGGGAUCCUGAUGUCCAGUUUACAUCUCGACAUGAAGGACAUUCAGCACGCGAUCCUGAAUCUGGAUAACACUGUGGUUGAUCUGGAGACGUUACAGGCGCUCUACGAGAACAGAGCCCAGCAUGACGAGCUGGAGAAAAUCGAGAAACAGAUCAAAUCCUCAAAAGACAAAGAGGGAAGCAAACCUCUGGACAAACCCGAACAGUUUCUCCAUCAGCUCUCCCAGAUCCCUGAUUUCUCCGGACGAGUCUUCUGUAUUCUCUUUCAGUCGACCUUCACUGAAUGCAUCUCCUCUGUUCAGCGCAAACUCCAGAUUCUGCAGACAGUCUGCAAGACUCUUCGGAGCAGCUCUGGGGUGCUGCAGGUUCUCGGUUUAGUUUUGGCUUUUGGGAACUUCAUGAAUGGAGGGAAUUGCACCAGAGGACAGGCGGAUGGUUUCACGCUGGACAUUCUGCCCAAACUCAAGGAUGUCAAGAGCAGCGACAACUGUAAGAGUCUGAUGUCGUAUAUUGUGUCGUACUACCUGACACACUUUGACGAGGACGCGGGCAAGGAGACGUGUGUGUUUCCUCUCCCAGAACCACAUGACCUGUUUCAGGCCUCUCAGAUGAAGUUUGAAGACUUGACUAAAGAUCUGCUGAGACUCCGGAAAGAUCUGAGAGCAUGCACUGCGGAGGUGGAGAAGGUGUGCUCGGUCUCGACUGAAGAGCAUCUUCAGCCGUUUAAAGACAGAAUGGAGGUGUUUGUGAGAGAAGCAAAAACAGAGCUGGAAAGUCAAGAGAAGCAACUCAGUGACACCCACAAAAUGUUCCUGGAGCUCUGCGUGUUCUUCUCAGUGAAGGCCAAGAGUGGAGAGAAAGAGGUUUCGCCCAACACCUUCUUCACCGUCUGGCACGAGUUCUCCACAGACUUUAAAGAUGCUUGGAAGAAGAAGAACAAGAUCAUCCUGCAGGAGAGGCUGAAGACAGCAGAGGAGUGUUUCCGACAGGUCAAAGAAAAAGCCACAUACAGCGUCAAACCCAAACACGCAUCUGGAAUCAAAGCAAAGUUGGGCAUGAAGAUCUGAGGCAGAUGUGGACAGACUCUUAUGACGUUUCAUCUGUAAAUCGCUCUCGCAGCAUCUUCAAUGUUACUCUGCCAUCUGCCGUACCACACAGGAAGUGAUCCACCAUCUGAAUGUGAUGUCAUAUCCUGUGUCUUGAUGGAUGAACAUAUCACCGUACAUACUGGAGGACUGAAGCAAUAUCAUCAAAACAAGGUUGUUUUAUUUUUAAGAAAGCAAGAACAUCUGGAUUUCUGAUGCGUCUUUAUUUUAAACAUCGGCACCGUCACAUGAUUUUAAACCAACACUAGUUAGUGCACUUUAGAGCUCUAGUCAUCAGCUGGUCUAACAUGUUCAAAGCACACUCCAGUCCUACAGGACCUGAAAGAGACCCUCCAGUAUGUACAGUAUGAAUCAGAUCAGACAGCGGUGAACAUUCAGGAAUCUACUCAGUGCUUUUGUGAAAUUAUGCAAGAUUGUUUUCUGGUUUUGCUGCAUCCACACAUUCACUCGAUGUAUUUAAGAGGAUGUUUUUUUUAUUAAUUUAAAUAAAAUUAACAUCUUUUUGUAGCAUUGGUUAGUUUUUAGCAUGUGCGUGUCGGAGGUGUGGAUGGACGUCUGUGCUCCAUGUGCAAUAACUGUUUGUAUCUGAACGUUUUGAGAAGAGUGUAAUAUAUGUAAAAUAAAGGGAUUAAUAAAUUCAGACAUUUGAAUUUA